UGGGAAGAUCGACCAAGACAUAUAUAAAUACAACACCCCAGGAUUCACUGGCUGCCUGUCCAGAGUACAGUUCAACCAGAUUGCUCCACUCAAAGCAGCUCUGAGACCUACCAACGCCUCCUCUCACGUCCACAUCCAAGGAGAACUGGUGGAAUCCAACUGUGGAGCAUCUCCACUCACCAUCCCACCAAUGUCGGCCGCUACUGACCCGUGGCACUUAGACUCAGCCAGUGCUGAUUUCCCAUACAAUGGUCAAGCAAUAGGAGAUGGAGUUAACAGAAACUCUGCCAUUAUUGGAGGCGUCAUCGCGGUGGUGAUCUUCACCAUCCUCUGCACCCUGGUGUUCCUGAUCCGCUACAUGUUUCGCCACAAAGGAACCUACCACACCAACGAGGCCAAAGGGGCAGAGUCAGCCGAGAGCGCCGACGCCGCCAUCAUGAACAAUGACCCCAACUUCACGGAGACCAUCGACGAGAGCAAGAAGGAAUGGCUUAUCUAAGCCCACGGGGA